UCGGGGAUCGAGAGUCUGUAGGGUGCCUGGUGGUGAACACGAUAGUCAGGCAUAAGCUGAAUGGAGUGCUCGACGUCACGCAUCGGUGGGAUGCCGGCGUACGAGAACGACGAUGGAAAAACGUCGUGGUACUCUCGGAUGAGGUCACGAACUGCGGGCUCCAAGUCAGCCGUAUAUCGUGCGAGUUCCUCAGCGUCAGCGUCAGCGCGCGACGACGGGGUGGACUCGAAGGACGGCAGAGGGACGGAAGUAGAGAUGGGAUCCAUGGAGAUAGAGGGAGGAUCUGACUCCAGAGGGAUGAGCUCGGCGUCGGGACAGGGUGGAUCAUCGUGUAAGAGAUCCGUCACGUCCACCAUAAAGAAGCGCGCUGAAGCGGCGCGAGAAGUGGCGGCCCUGCUGCGUGGAACGGCGGGGGAGACCACGGAAAGGGGAACGGCGCUGGGAAGUGCCGUGAGAGGAGGAGGAGACGUAGCCCGUGCGCUGGGGCUGGGAGGAGGAGGCGGGGUGAAGACCGGCUCGCAUCCGCUGGUGGUCCCUGGCGGCCUCAGGGCGAGGUCGGCCCGGAGCUGGGCAAUCUCGUCCGCGAGACCUCAAAAGUACGCCGAUCGAGGGGUGGCACGAGGAAGAGUGGAGGGGGUGGACGCACAAGUGGCACGGGGCAUCCCAGAAGGGGGAGAGCCAGGUGGCGCUGCGGUCGUGCGAAGGGGAGGGAAAAGUGGGGCACCCGGAAAAGCUGAGACCAUGGUAGCAGGUUGUUGUACCGUGGCCGUAGUGACCGCGAUCUGGGCAGUUAUGUGGCGGUUAAGGCGUCGACGAAAGGGAGUCGUCGACCUGAGACUGUUAGACCACGCCAAGCGUCGUGGAGUCGACCUGAGACUGACGUUUCAGGAGCGAGAUAACUUGGUGGGGCAAGAACAGUUUGAUGUGCACCCUUCCAAGCCAUGGAUUGCUUUUGUCUCUGCUGGAAAACCUCCAACCCUUCGAGUGUGGAAUUACGAAGAUGGACAGCAGGUGGAGGUCACGGUCAAGAAUGCCACCAACACGUACGGAGCGAAGUUCCUCGGCGAGACAGAUAAAGUUGUGGUCCGUGGUAAACGGGAUAUGUAUGUUUAUGAGAUCUUGCCAUCUUCCGCCGGACAGAUGAAGGAAAUAAAACGAGUCAAUUGGUUCGGAACUUACGGGGAUGUGAGCAAAUGGACUGUACAUUCGUCUGCCCAAUCUGUAUUGUGCAGUAGGACAGGAUUUGGCGAAUCGGAUUCUAUUAACUUUCGGGACUUAACCACAGGUUUUGAUUUUAGCGACUGCCGCACUGAAAACGAAGUGACCAUGAUGUGCUUCCACCCUUUCGAAUCACACAUUUUUGCGACCGCGCAUGAGAACUGGACAAUCAACGUGUGGAGUGCUGAUACUGAGACCCACGAGACCGUCACUCUCCAAACAUUGGAAGCAGAGGACAAAGUUACUUCUGUGCGAUUCUGCACAAAACCCCAGAGGUCACUUCUCAUCACGGGCCAUCAAUGUGGCAAGCUCCAGGUUUGGGAUUAUCAGAGGAAUGAAUGCAUGACCACUCUUGAUGCACAUGAACAGGCCGUUGUGCAAGCUUUCUUCCAUCCACAUUUGCCCUGCAUUUUGAGCGCAUCCGAGGACGGAACCAUCAAGGCCUGGAAUGAUUCAAAUUAUCAGCUAAUUAAAACACUUUGUAGCGGCCUUGAGGGAUUAUCACACAGCGUUCUCUGUAGGACCGACAGCUUGCUCGUGCUUCCAUGUAAGCAAAAAAUGUGUUUCAUUACCGCAGAAGGUGUUUCCCCUGAGCCCGACUUUGAGGGGAGAGGGAAACUGGAGGUGGGAAAUGUGAGUGCAGAAGGUGACGAAAGACUCCAGUUUGAGAAAACAGACGUACAAAGGAUUAAGCAAUUGGAGAUGGAGCUGAGCACUGUGAGGGGGGAGAAAAAGGCCCUCGAAGAGGGAUUUGAGAGUGAGAGGCAAACACAUGCACACAAGAUAAAGGAGUUUGAGACUGAGCUAAGCAAUGUAAAAUCGGAGAGGCAGGCAUUAAGAGAGACAUUCGAGAGAUUGAAAUUGCAGCACGAGGGGGAGAAAAGCAUGCACUCACAGAGGGUGAAGCAGUUAGAGAACGAAAACAGAAAUCUCUCGGCCGAAAGGGCGGUACUCAAAGAGGGAUUAGACAAAUCAAAGGCCGAGGUUGCAAAUUUGGAAUGCAGGCUGGAGAUGGAAAGGGCUGCUGUGGAGGGAUUAAAAACUGUGACGGCGGAGAAGAGGGCACUUGAAGAGGGAUUUCAGAAAGAGAGGCGAGCGUGUGCACAAAUGGUAAAGGAGCUUGAGACUCAGCUUAGCCAUGUAAGGGUGGAGAGGGAGACGUUAGGAGAGAGGUUUGAGAGAUCCCAAUUGGAGCAUGAAAGGUUAAAAGGAAUGCACUCAGAAAGUGUGAACACUGUGAAGCAGUUAGAGAAGAAACACAGGAAUCUGGUGAUUGAAAGAGAUGCUCUGAAAGAGAGGUUGGAGAAAUCGAACAUCAGGGUUCAAGAAUUGGAGUGCAAGUUGGAGAUGGUAGGAUGUGCAAGUGAGAGAUCGGAAAGGGCUGACAGAGUGCCUGAGGGGGUCCCGAAACUGGACAUCCAUCCAAUGGCAUUCAGAGAGUUUUCCCUGGAUGAGCUGAGGACCGCCACGAAYGACUUCCAUGAUAACUGCAAGCUUGAAGAGCAACGCGAUGGAURCAUUUACAUCGGCAAGCUCACAUCUGCUGUGAUAAAGAGAMUCAAGUAUAUCAACCUCAGGSCAGAGAAUCRGCCAGCCCAAGUGACGAGGAAGCUUGGGGACCGGUUGAAGUCUCUUCGACACCCCCACCUGCAUAUGUUGCUCGGAGURUGCUAUGAAGGAAAUUGYCUCGUGUACGAGCAUAUGACCAAUGGAAAUGUGAAAGACUGGAUGUCGUCCUCAAGAGGGUCACAAAAGGGUUUCCUCCCAUGGUACAUCCGUUUGCGGAUUAUGGCUCAAGUUGCCCAAGGCUUGUCCUUCCUUCAUUCCCACCAGUCUCUGAGGGGUGGUCUCAUCGUCCACCGCGCCAUCAAGCCUGAAAACAUCUUCCUGGAUGGUAACUUUGUUGCCAAAAUCACAGCAGUGGAUACCGCCCUGCUGGCCCCAACACUUGCAGAGGAUUGUGAAGCACCUAAUCUGGCUCAGUGCCCAGCGAGCGAUGUAAAGUACAUGGCCCCAGAAUUGAUUCAAACUGAGGUUUUCAGUCAGCAGAGUGACAUUUACGCAUUUGGAAUCACCCUCCUGGAGAUGCUCAGUGGGAAGUUUAGGAAUGAAUUGGGAGUCAUGGAAGACGCAGUGGAAGAUGCCGCGACCUUUGAAAGUGUGCUCGACCCAAACGCAGGAAGCUGGGACAUCGAUCUGGCCUUGGCAGCAGCUCGGGUGGGGCUGAGAUGUGCAAGUUUGAACAGACGCCACAGACCGAGCAUGACGACAGGUGAAAAUGCCAUUCUGCCUGCGCUGGAGGCUAUUGCUCAGACAGUGGAACUUGCUGACUGUAUUGAGGACUAGCAGAGCAUGAGCCUAUGUGACUAACUCGGUGACACAGUUGGGGAGCACAAGGGUUUGCGAAACUUUGCGCUAUAGGACCACUGGACCAGACAGGGAUGUAAGACUUGGUGGAGGAGUUCACGUUCUCUCACUUCACUCCGUACUUAGUCACUUUCCUGGGGACCUGGAUAGCUGAUUGACGUCCUAGUACUUUGUCAAUUCUCUGAACUGCGAGUUUUGACUUGAAUUCAAUGAAUUGUGAUAUCCAUA